CCCCCCUCACCACACCUUCUUUACCGGCGGAGUCCCCGAAUUUGCCCUGCUGUUUUGGAUUACAACGGAUCUCCCUCUCGUUUCACUUCGAUCGGCUUAGAAUGAUUUGCGGUUGAUCAUGCUGGAUCAGAUCAGAUAUAUGUUGUUCCUGAUCUUUUUUCAUGCAUGUCUUUCCCGGUUUAGCUGCUGCACAGUCUCACCGUCGUAUGCCAUGGCUAGCCAUCAGCUGGAAGGAUUAUUGUCAUGCCCCAAGAACCAGCAGCAGCAGGAAAGGAAGCCAAGGCCUCACCCGGAACAGGCCCUCAAGUGCCCAAGGUGUGCCUCCACCAACACCAAGUUCUGCUACUACAACAAUUACAGCCUCUCCCAGCCCAGAUACUUCUGCAAGGGUUGCAGGAGGUACUGGACUCAAGGAGGCUCUCUCAGGAAUGUCCCUGUGGGAGGUGGCUGCAGGAAGAACAAAAGAUCAUUCUCUUCCUCCUCUUCCAGAAAGGCACAGGACCAAGAUCUCAUCACUGCCACCAACUCCUUCAAUCCACUCCCCUCCCCUACCUUCAUCCCUCCACUCUCCAGUGACCUCACCUUAGCCUUCGCUGGCCUCCACAAGCAACCACCCAACCAUGGCCACAGCCUUCUCCUAGGGCAUCCUAACAAUGAGUCCCUCCCUGCUGUCACAACAAACCAUGGCUUUCUUGACAUUCUAAGGAGCGACUCCAUUGACAGUAUCAACCCAAGUGGCUUAGACAACUACCUCUACUAUGGAUUUGGUGUCAGUGGGAAUGUGGAGGUGGGAGGUGGUGCCAAUGGAGAAGAUGAUGGGUUUCUGUCCUUCCAUGGGGGACUGGGUGGUGCAACAGCAACAGCAGCAGCCAGCCAAGGUUCAUGCAAGGACAUGGAUGAAGGGGAGACCAAAGUGUUGAUGGGUGGUGAUGGGAACUUGGCUGUGGACUCUGGAAGAGAGUGGACUGCUAUGGGUUCUUCCUGGCAUGGACUCAUCAACAGCUCCUUGAUGUCAGGAGCAGGAAUAGAUGUGUCCUCUACCCUCGGAGAUGCCCAUGCCUUCUUCUAAAAUCCCUACAUUCUCAGUUCUUUCAUUGCAUAUUUUUGGCUUUUCUUUCUUUCCUUC